AUGGCCAUGCUGCAGAUGACGUGGCAGCCGACCCUUCUCCGGUCGUUGAAGCGGAAGUACGGCUCGCCGCCCCUAGGGCUUCGGAAUCUGGGCAACACCUGCUACCUCAACUCCGUCCUCCAAUGCCUAACUUACACUCCUCCGCUCGCUAAUUUCUGCCUCCGCUUUCUCCAUUCCUCUGUUUGCGACUCUAAGAAGGAGAAGAGGGAGUGCCCUUUCUGCAUAUUGGAAAGACGGAUUGCUCUCUCUUUGAAUAGUGAGGCAGUUGUGGAUGCCCCGUUGAAAAUAAACAGGUGUCUAAGGAUAUAUGCAGAACAUUUUCGAGCUGGGAGGCAAGAGGAUGCUCAUGAGUUUUUGCGUUAUGUAAUUGAUGCGUGCCAUAAUACAUGCUUGAGACUAAAGAAGCUGCAGCAGCAGCAGCAAAGGGGGAAGACUGGAGCUUCCAAUGGAGGAGAUAUUAGUGGGUCUACGGAAACGGUGGUCAAGGAGAUUUUUGGAGGGGCGCUUCAGAGUCAAGUAAAAUGUUUGUCAUGUGGGGCCGAGUCAAAUAAGGUCGAUGACAUUAUGGAUAUUAGUCUUGAUAUUUUGCAUAGUGGGUCACUGAAAGAGGCUUUACAGAAGUUUUUCCAGCCUGAGGUCUUGGAUGGAAAUAACAAAUACAAGUGUGACAGUUGUGAGAGAUUGGUGGCAGCAAGGAAGCAAAUGACAAUUCUUCAGGCGCCCAAUGUUCUUGUAAUACAAUUAAAGAGGUUCGAGGGUUUGUUUGGUGGGAAGGUUGAUAAGCCCAUUGCAUUUGACGAGGCAUUGGUGCUUUCCAGUCACAUGUGCAAAGAAAGCAAGGACCAGUACCCUGAGUAUGGUCUUUUUGGUACAAUUGUACAUUCAGGUUUCUCUCCUGAUUCUGGACACUACUAUGCAUAUAUCAAGGAUGCGACAGGCCGCUGGUUCUGCUGCAAUGAUUCUUAUGUUUCGGUGUCAACCUUGCAGGAGGUUUUGUCGGAGAAAGUCUAUAUGCUAUUUUUUUCCCGUACGAAACAAAGGUCUCAGGCUAGGGUUGAUAUUGUCAAUGGAAACAAGAAUCACAAGUCAAAUGGCAGUGCAGCAUACAUAAAGCAGAAGUCAGGUUGUCCAGAUAAUUCAACUUGUACUAAAUUAAUUUCUAGUCAACAGCAAGAGACUUGUAGUUCAACCAAUGGCACUGAUUCUUUUACCCGUGAGUCAAAUCAUCCUGAAAAACCAGUUAAAACGAAAUUGCCGACCUCCCAUUCUGAGAGAAAUGGUCAUACUGAUUCCCUUGCAACCAAUGGUCAUAAAGCGACCACACCUGGAAGGUCUGAACUUGUGGAAACACCGGCUAGUAUGAACGAGCGUGUCCAUAAUUUUUCGGAAGGACAGAAUUCCGUCUCAUCUGUUGUAUCCAAAAGCAGUAAUACAAUUGAGCAACUCAGGCCGGGUUCUCAUGUUAAACCAGUUAAUAAUAAAGAAACAUCUAACCAUCAUGGUCAGACAAAUAACACAAUGAAAUUUGAGGUUGAUCAGGGGCUUCCUAUGGUAGAUGGGAGGCUCAGUGAUUCUGGGAUUGGAAAAAAGCUCUUAGCUGCUGGUAACAGCCAGUUUAUUGUUCGUAAAAAAGAAUCCAGCAAGGAAAAUAGCUACACAGAAGCUUUAAUUACUUCUGGCCAAAUGGAGAAGACUGGCUUGCCUAUGAUUGAGAGGAAUGGCAUGUGUCAAACAUCAGCAGAUAUUGAAAUUACGAAGAAAAGGCCCUCUUUGUGUAUCAGUAAUGGGGAGGCUAGGCAUACUGCAGUAGACUCCGAAAGGAGAAUAUCUGAAGGCAAUGGCCCUAGAAUUAUAACUGCACCAUGUAAAAAUCUCAAUGGCAUACAAAGUGAUGAAGUUGUGGGCUCUGACAACUCAAGCAUGAAGAGGAAGAUGGGAAAUGGUCUUUCAUGCAUUUUUCUUGCAAGAGAUGAUGAAUCUAGCACAGAAGUGGAAGCAUUCAAGGAACUGAUUGCAAAAGAAGCUUCUGUAGUUCUCCGCUCAUGUGGAUGGUCCGAGGAAGUGCAAAAGUUUAUGCAUGCUAGGAAAAAAAUGUGUCGAGAAGCAGGCAAUGCUGCCUUGGAUGACCGUGGGAUGAAGAAUUUGCUUAUUUCACAGGCGAAGAGAAAUUUUAUUCCUAAGGUUCCUGAAACACUUAAAGCAACCCUAAUCAAACGGAUCAAAUUGUUUAGCCAAGAAAAUCGGUCAUCUGGAACUUGA